GAGGCUUCACCCACCACCCUCCUAUCAGUCCACUGGACUUGGGGAAGUAAGAGGUCUCCUGGACCCUCUUUCCUUCCCACCUUCCUUCCUCUCUCUCUCUCUCUGUCUCUCUCUCUCUCUCCCACCCAGGCCCACAUCUCUUCUUGCUCUGCUUUCCACAGACCUUUGCAGGUGGAGGACUCCGCAGAAAGCAAGCUUUGUGCACAGAAGAGUGGACAAUGGGCAAAGUCGAAGACACGGCCAUCGUCUCCCAGGUGCCCAGCGAGCACCUGCCCUUGCUGAGCCCAGCAGCGCCCAGCACCACCUACCUGACCCAGGAGGAGGUGGUGCAGCAGGCGAGCACCGCGCCCUGGCCAGGGCUUCGCAAGGCCUUGCUCUACCUCCUGGGGGUGGUCUUUGCCUGCAUGCUCAGCAUGGCCAUCCUUCUCCUGCUGAGGAUGCCACGGCCACGGCCACCCCUGGCCUGGUGGCAAAAGUCCUCCUUCUACCGCCUGCCGCCCACCUCUUUCCCCGACUCCAAUGGUGAUGGAUACGGAGACCUUGCAGGUGUGAGUUGUCAGCUAGACCAGCUCCUGGGCUUAUCCAUCCAGGCCCUGGUGCUGGGCCCCAUCCUCGAGGGAGACCUUGCCAAUCUGAGCAGCCUGCUGCCUGCCCACGGCUCCCUGGAACAGCUGCAAGCGCUGGCAAACGAUGGGCGCAAGAGAGGGGUCCGAAUCCUGCUUGAACUCCCAACCUUGGAAGAGAACCUGGACCGUAUUCUUGAGGACAACCAAACAGACCAGCAUCUCAAGGGGGCGAUGCAGUUCUGGCAGGCACAAGGCGUUCAUGGAUUUUUAGUGCCAAAAGACCCUGCCUGGCUCCUGGAUGCGGUCCUGAAUGCCUGGAGUGAGCUGGACAGUGAGAUGCAGACAGAUCGGGGUGAGGAAAGGGUCUUGAUUGUCUUGGACAAGAGCCAAAGCUGCAACAUUUCUCGCUGGGUGCCCAGCAAUGUCAUCCUCGCCUGCCAUCUGCUGGAAGUGGAGAGCAACCUGAGUGCCCAGGCGCUGGCACAGCGGGUGGAGGAGGGCACCUUGAGGCAUCCGGGGACACCGUGGCCUGGCUGGAUGGUGCCCAGGGGGCUCCCGUUGGUCGCUGAUUUGGGGGAGAUGCUUGGGGUGCUACUGCUCAGCCUUCCAGGAGUCCCACUGUUGCAAGGUGGAGCUGGGUCUCCAGUUCCAUUGGACAACGAGCUGACGAAAGGAAGCUCCAAUGGGCAUCCACUAGCGAACCUGUACCGCUCCCUUCUGGCCCUGCGUGCAAACUCAUUUGCCUUACGCGGUGUGGACUUUGUCUCUCUGCCUCUGGCUGACCACUCUGAGGACAUCUUUGCUUAUCUUCGCCCCGGCUCCUGCUCUGACAUUCUGGUGUUCCUGAAUCUGGGCUCACGACCCUGCCAGCUCAACCUGAAUCAGCUCAGUAUCCCCGCCCCCGCCAAGGUGCUGUUCAGCACCUACCCGGAGCCGCAGAAAGAAAUCAGUCUGGUGCUUGUAAGGCUGAUGCCACACCAGGCUGUCCUCCUCCAAGUGCCCAGAGGAUACAGACCGUGAUUGGCUGCUAUGGAAUCUACCUUUGUAGGAGGCGCCCAGGAGACAGCAAAUGGGAGGAGAAAGGAACUCUCAUUGGCCACUCUGUUGUCCUGUUAUUGGCCAAUGGAAGAGACAUUCCUGCUCCACUGGUUAUCAUAGACUAGUCAUUCUUCCUGCGCAUCAAUACAGUUAUGAGGUUGCUUGA